UCUCUGACGCCUCUGCUCCGAUCCCUCUCCAUUGCUGAAGGCACAGUGCCAUCCAUCGUCGAGCUUCGGAGCUCCUGCCGGCCAUGGAGAUACAGCAGCUCGGGGACUAUUCUCCGGACAAGUUUGCCAGCCUCGCCCUUGCGCCCGAAGGGCGCAUGGACUCGCAGGAAGGCCGCUGGAGGGCGCAGGAAAAGUCGAUCGACGACUGGCUCCCGAUCAACGCCAGGAGGAACGCCAAGUGGUGGUACGCCGCCUUCCACAAUGUCACCGCCAUGGUCGGCGCCGGCGUGCUCAGCCUUCCCUACGCCAUGUCCGAGCUCGGCUGGUCAGCCGGCGUCACGGUGCUGAUCCUGUCGUGGAUCAUCACGCUAUACACGCUGUGGCAGAUGGUGGAGAUGCACGAGAUGGUGCCGGGCAAGCGGUUCGACCGGUACCACGAGCUGGGGCAGCACGCGUUCGGCGAGAAGCUGGGCCUCUGGAUCGUCGUGCCGCAGCAGCUGGUGGUGGAGGUCGGCCUGAACAUCGUCUACAUGGUCACCGGCGGCCAGUCCCUGCAGAAGUUCCACGACGUCGUCUGCCCCGACUGCAAGCACAUCAAGCUCACCUACUUCAUCAUGAUCUUCGCCUCCGCCCACUUCGUCCUCUCCCAGCUCCCCAACUUCCACUCCAUCUCCGGCGUCUCCCUCGCCGCCGCCGUCAUGUCGCUCUGCUACUCGACGAUUGCGUGGAUCGCGUCAGCUGCCAAGGGGAAUUCUGCGGACGUGGACUACAGCCUCCGCGCGACGACGACGCCGGGGAAGGUGUUCGGCUUCUUCGGGGCGCUCGGGGACGUGGCGUUCGCGUACGCGGGGCACAACGUGGUGCUGGAGAUCCAGGCCACCAUCCCGUCCACGCCGGACAAGCCGUCCAAGAAGCCCAUGUGGAAGGGCGUCGUCGUCGCCUACAUCGUCGUCGCGGUGUGCUACUUCCCGGCCUCGCUCGUCGGCUACUGGGCCUUCGGCAAGGAAGUCGAUGACAACAUCCUCAUCACGCUCGAGAAACCAAGGUGGCUCAUCGCCCUCGCCAACAUGAUGGUCGUCAUCCAUCUCCUUGGCAGUUACCAGGUCUACGCGAUGCCGGUUUUCGACAUGAUAGAGACGGUGCUGGUGAGGAAGUUUCGGUUCCGUCCAGGCCUGACGCUCCGUCUGAUUGCCCGGACUCUCUAUGUUGGGUUCACGAUGUUUGUAGCCAUCACCUUCCCUUUCUUCAGUGCAUUGCUCAGUUUCUUUGGUGGAUUUGCAUUCGCCCCUACAACUUAUUUCCUUCCCUGCAUCAUGUGGCUCACAAUCUACAAGCCCAAAAGGUUCAGCCUCUCAUGGUUUACCAACUGGAUCUGCAUCGUUCUAGGGGUGCUGCUGAUGGUACUGUCGCCGAUUGGAGGACUUCGGCAGAUUAUUCUAAAAGCAAAGACAUACAAAUUCUACCAGUAAAUGUGACCAACUCAACAUAAGCCGUAUCCCCAGUUUAAGACAUACUCAACAGACGCUGGAAAUGCCUCAAGUUUCAAAUGAAACUCCCAUUUUUCGGCACGACAAAACUCACAUUAGGCAAUGCAAUUGGUGCUACAUCUGCACCUUAUUCGAGUUUUUGCCGCACCGAAAGAUAUGGGAGUGUCAUAGAUCAAAAUACAAAGCUUGUUCCAGUAGUUCAUGGUGAUGGCUUAAACAAGAGUUUGUGUUGAGUCACCAUAUACAUAUAGAUGAUUUGUUUGUCUAUGUUCUAGGGCAAAGUUGUUUACUUGUGCAUAAGGGAGAAUGAGUGGCAGUGGUUUGUAUGUCUUGAUUGGUUUUGCUUUGGAGUUUGAUAAGGUGGUCUGUACUUGUGGCUUUGGAAUAGUGGCUACUCUGAUAGGGUGUUCUGUAUUUGUGGAUCUGAAAU